AUGGAACGGACCCUUCCUUCGCACUUUCCUCGGCGGCCCGCGCACGGGAAGCUUGGCCGGCCGAUCCACUUGGUCGCCAACCACUUCAGCAUCGAGAUUCCCGACGGAAACGUGUAUCACUACGACGUGGAGAUCUACUCCGAGACAUCCGCGAGGGCCAAGGUGCCCGAACAGAAAAAGUACCGCUGCCUCAGCACGAAGAUCAACCGGCUGGUAAUCGAGCUGCUCGUCCAGAAGUACCGCCACGACCUCUCCAACUGCAUCCCGGCUUUCGACGGCCGCAAGAACCUGUACACGCGACACCAGCUCAACUUCCGCGAGCGCACCUUCUCUGUCGACCUGAAUGAGGACCAGAGGAUCCAGAAGUUCAUCGUCAAGAUCCAGUACGCGGCCACGGUGAACCUGGACGCCCUGCAUGCCGUGUACCAAAAUCGCGUCAACACGGUGCCCCAGGAGGUGCUGCAAGCUAUCGACAUCGUCGUUCGUCACGCACCGUCAAUGAAGCUGACGCCCGUCGGCCGGUCCUUCUUCAAGGCGCCGCCACCGCACGAGCUGAACGCGCUGGGCGGCGGUCGUGAGGUCUGGUUCGGCUACUACACGAGCGUGCGUCCGGCCCAGUGGAAGCCCAUGCUGAACGUGGACAUGUCGGCGACCGCCUUCUACGAGCCUCUUCCACUGGUAAGCUUUAUGUGCAAGAUCUUCAGCGACAGCCGGCGCGAGAUGGCGCCCGCAGACUUCAAGAAGCUCCGCGACUUCCACCACGUGCGGCUCAACAAGGAGUUGAAGGGGCUGCGCGUCAAGGCCACGCACCUGCCUUACCCGCGCAAGUACAAGGUCGUGCGCGUCACCAAGGAGUCGGCGAAGGAGAUCUUCUUCAGUGAGGACGGCAAGAGGACCUCCGUGGCCGAGUACUUCGGGAAGCGAUACAGCCGUCUGGCAUACCCGCACUUUCCCUGCGUGCAGACUGGGAGCCUCGAGCACCCGGUCUACUUUCCGCUCGAGGUGUGCGAGAUGGUCGAGGGCCAGCACUGCCGCAAGAAGCUCGACGAAAACCAGACCGCCGAGAUGAUCAAGCGCACGGCCAAGCCGCCUUCAAAGCGCUUCCAGGAGAUCCGCCAGUCAGUGCGCGACCUGGUCAACAGCACCAAGGAUUACCUGCGCGAGUUCAACAUCAAGAUCAGCACCGAUCCAACGCAGCUCAAGGGUCGAGUGCUCGAGCCCCCUUCGCUGGUGUUCGCGAACAACUCCCUCAGCAAGCCGCGCGAGGGCACGUGGGAACUUCGUGGUCAGCACUUCUACAAGCCGGCCACCAUGGACCGCUGGACAUUGGUCAGCCUGAGCCGGUUCGCGCAGCGCGACAGCCUCGACAACUUCGUCAAGAUGCUGAUGCGCAUCGGCCUCGAGCUGGGCAUGCGCAUCGAUCAGCCACUCGAGGUAUCGGCACCUGACCACAACCGGCGUUCCAUCCGCUCCAUCCUGGACGAACAGCAGCAGAAGCACAGCAAGCUGCAGAUGGUCAUCAUAGUGAUCACCAAGACGACCAACUACGCCGAGAUCAAGCAGGUGGCCGAGACCGAGCUCGGGCUGCGCACCCAGUGCCUGCUGGAGAACAACGUGGUCAAGAAGUGCAACGCGGCGCUCGUGCAGAACCUGUGCCAGAAGAUCAACGCCAAGAUGGGCGGCACCAACAACAGCCUGCUAGCGCAGGAGAAGCCCGCUCUCUUCCAGAAGCCCGUGAUCAUCAUCGGCGCCGACGUGUCCCACCCGUCUCCCGGCGACAGGAUCCGGCCCUCGAUCGCCGCCUGCGUGGGCAGCCUCGACUCGAUCCCGUCCAAGUUCCACGCCACCAUCCGUAUCCAGAUGGAGCAAGCCGAGGCCAAGGCGCGAGUCGAGAUCAUAAGGGACCUCAAGGAGAUGGUGAAGGAAAUGCUCAAGGCCUUCUUCCGUGCCACCAGGCACAAGCCGGAGCGUAUCAUCUUCUACCGCGACGGUGUCAGCGAGGGACAGUUCCUCGAAGUCCGAAACCGCGAGGUGAGCGCCAUCCGGCUGGCGUGCAAGGAGCUGUCGCCCAAUGAGUCGUACGAGCCGGCACUCACCUUCAUCGUGGUGCAGAAGCGCCACCACACGCGAUUCAUGCCGGCCAGCGACCGCGACGGCGUCGGCAAGUUCAGCAACGUGCCUCCGGGCACCACCGUCGACUCCGUGGUCACGCACCCGCUGGAUUUUGACUUCUUCCUCUGCAGCCACUUCGGCAUCCAGGGUACCAGCCGCCCGGCACACUACUACAUCGUCUGGGACGACUCCAACUUCACGGCGGACGAGCUGCAGAAGCUGAGCUACUACCUCUGCCACACGUACGCCCGAUGCACUCGCAGCGUCAGCAUCCCUGCGCCAGUCUACUACGCUCACCUGGCCGCGUUACGGGCCAAGAACCACAUCGUGAGCAAGGUUGACGUGUCCAGCUCCAGCAGCGACUCCUGUGGGGGCAGUGGGGACAACGUUGCCACCAGCCAGUACGUCGAGGCCGUCCGGGUCCUGGACGGACUCCAGACCUCGAUGUACUUUGUCUGAGCUGCUGCUGCUGCCAGCACCGCCCUGGGAUCUGUUUUGCCACGUGAAGUUGUCUCCUGGUAUCUCUGUGCAAGGUUGCGGACUUGAAGCGUCGUUGUUCUUUGUGUUUUUUUUCUCUUCCAGUUUG